AUGCCGCCGUCCAACCUGCAGGCCCUUCUCGCCGGCGGCGCAGACGAGCAGGUCUCGGUCAACCAGCGCGCCCUCGUCGAAAAGAUCCUCGCGCGGUACUCGGGCGAGCACACCGUCUUUCGAGAGCUCCUCCAGAACUCGGACGACGCCGGCGCAUCCACCGUCGAGCUCCACUUUCGCACCACGACCGGCUCAACCUCGUCCGCCGACGCUCAGCCGCACUACUCGCCCGACGACCUGCCCAACCUCGCCCACACCAAGGUCGCGUCCAUCAUGGUCCGCAACGACGGCUUUGUCUUCCGCAAGGAGGAUUGGGCCCGCCUCCAGGAGAUCGCGUCCGGCAACCCAGACGAGGCGAAAUUGGGCGCCUUCGGCACGUCGGGCUCUCUUCCUCCUCGCACCUGCGCUUCUCAGACUCUGACUCUCUUCCUCCUCACAGGCGUCGGCUUCUACUCGCUCUUCAGCAUCUGCGACGAGCCCGUCGUGUCGUCCGGGUCGCGCGUCGUCGGCUUCUUCUGGAAAGGCGGCGGCGACCAGCUCUACGUCAAGAGCGCGACUGACGAGUCGGGCGCCACCAACCUGUCGGCCGACGGUCGACCCUGGACGACAUUCCUCAUGGACCUGCGCGAGCCGGCGCCCAUGCCCGAGCCCAACGACUUUGCCCGGUUCCUCACGUCGUGCCUCGGCUUCACCCAGAACCUGCGCACCCUGUCGCUCUACUUCGACGGCCACCUCCUGUUCCGCGUCGACAAGACGCUCGCGCCGUCCCGGGCCCUCGACCUGCGGCACAACCUCGCCCAGAGCUCGCCCCUCAAGCUCCUGCGGCUGCAGCACGUCGACGAGGCGCCGUUCCAGCUGCGGGCGCAGGUCAGCGGGUGGAUGCUGCGCUCGCUCGUCAAGCCCAAGAAGCCCCUCGUCACGGCCGCGAGCCUCACGAGCGCCGCCGCCACGAGCACGUCGUCGUUCGCGAGCAGGAUGCUGUCGGCCUUCUCAAGCCGGUCGACCGCCUCCCACGCUCCCUCCCCUUCCUCGUCGACCCCGCCUCCACCUCUAGUCGCCGCCAAGCCCGCACGAGACCCGCUUGCGCACGUCCACGCGACCCUGUUCCUCCGCACCGUCGCCGCGUCACUCGUCGUCUCGCCCUCGCCGCACUUUGCCGCCGAGACGCUGCGCGCGACCAAGAAGGCCCUGCCCAAGACGACGCGGUACUCGCUCGUCUGGACGGGCAAGGCCGAGUUUGACGCGAGCCACGGCGGGUCGACGGGCCAGGGCACCGACGACGAGCUCGAGGCCGACGCGCGCCGCGUCUUCUCGGGCCUCCUUCCCGCCGACCUCGGCACGCAGGGGCGCGUCGCAAUCGGGUUUGCGACGGUCCAGACGACGGGCUUCGCCGGCUCGGUCGGCGCGCGCUUCAUCCCGACCGUCGAGCGCGAGUCGCUCGACUUCCAGGCCAAGUACGUCGCCGACUGGAACCGCGAGCUCCUGUGGGCCGGCGGGCUCCUCGCGCGCACCGUGUACGAGCACGAGAUGGACGACAUCGAGAGGGUCUGGCGGCGCGUCGGCGACAAGGGCGAGGUGGACGAGGCACGAGGAGGGAGCUCGAGGAACGUGCGCUGCACCUCGUUCUUUACCUUCACCAAGUCGACGCCGCAAGAGAUCGUCGGUACCCUCGCCGAGUCGACCUUCUUCCAGUCGAACCCGAACACGUCCGUCACCCUCAUCUCGAGCGUCGGCCCGACAGCGGCGCACAAGCUCCGCCUCCCGUCGCCGCAACUUGCCGGCUUCAUCAAGGCCAUCCCCGUCGUGCCCGCCCUCAUCGCCGAGAACGCGCCCCGGUUCCUCGCCGUCCUGCGCGACCGCGACUUGAUCCGCGACAUCUCGCUCGAGGACAUCUUUGCCGACCUCGGCGCACACCCGCUCACGGUCGGCGAGGCGACGGCGCUCUUCAAGUGGUGGACGACGCUCGCCUCGAACCGGUCGUACGAUCCUCGCCUCGUUCAGCGCCUCAAGGACGCCGCCAUGCUCUCGGUCCCGACCUCGCCUACCAGCAGCGACCCGACCGACGUCCGCAUUCACCCUCUCGGCGCCUUCCGCACGUUCCUCGUCCCCAAGGUCGUCCCGGCCGACAUGCCCGUCCCCGAGCACACGCUCCCGUUCGACCUGUCGCGCUCGGUCGCCAACGCCGACCUCGUGCGCAUCUUUGGGUUCCAGGAGCUGAGCCUCCUCGAGUGGGUGCGGUUCCUCGUCGGCCCGACCAUGCGCGGCAAGAGCGCCAAGAGCGAGACGGACGUGACGGCGUCGCCCGUGUUCGUCGAGUCGGUCCUCGCCGUCCUCGCUAAAGGGUGGCAGCAGGUCCCGGCCGUCCAGCAGCGCGACCUCGUCCAGCUCGUCUCGACCAUCCCGCUCAUCCCGACCCGCCAGGGCCUCAAGCAGCCCGACCAGGCCUACAUGCCCAACGUCUCGCUGUUCGAGGACCUCGCGACGACCGUGCUCCCGAGCGGCGCGCCGAUCAAGGGCAACAUGGACAAGCUCCUCCUCGCGCUCGGCGUCCGGCGGCACGUCGAGCUCCAGCUCGUCUUUACCCGCCUCCUCGGCGCCGGCGACUGGUCGCACGUUCAGCUCGUCAAGUACCUCGUCACGGUCCAGGAGACGCUCUCGCCGGCCGAGAAGGACCGCCUGCGCCAGACGAGGUGGCUCCCGCGCGAGGGCGAGGCCAAGGUCGAGCAGCCCGCCGGCGCAGACGGCGUCGUGCCCAAGCCCAAGACGGUCCGGUACCGCGCCGCCGACCUGUACGAGCCGGCCGAGGCGCUGCGAGAGCUCGGGCUCCCGCUCGUCGACUGGACCGACUCGCCGUCGAGGUGGCGACCAGGGUCUGACGAGGCGAAGCUCCUGUUCGACCUCGGCCUGCAGCGCAUCCCGGUCGUCGAGAAGGUCCUCGAGAUUGCCGCUCACUCGGCCGACGUCGCCAAGCAGGACAAGGCGCUGCGGUACUUCCUCGACGGCUGUCUCACGCACGGCUACGGCAAAUCCUCGUCGUCCCUGACCUCGUCCUUGCCCACCUUCCUCCUCGCCGCCGCAGACUCGCCCGCCAAGCACGACCUCGCCUUCGUCCCGGCGCGGCACAAGGGCAAGGAGGUGCGCGUCAAGCCGACCGAGGUGUUCGGCAACGUCGACGCCGCCCUGCUCGGGUUCGCCACGCUCGCCCCGGCCUACGCCGCCGAGGAGACGCGUUUCGGUAUUCGUCGCGACCCGCCUGCAGGCCAGCUCGUCGCGGCGCUCAUCAGCAACCCGCCGCAGACGCUCGCCGAGGCGAGCAAGGUGUUCGCGUACCUGUCGGGCCAGGUCUCUUCCUUCUCGACCGCCGAGCUCGACGCGCUACGGUGGGCCGCCAUCGUCCCUGUUCGCAAGCCCGACCUCAAGAUCGACGUCGUGCCGCCGCUCAACCUGUACUUCUCAACCUCGGACACGGUCCUGCCGCCGGGCCUCAAGGGCCUCUUCUCGACCGUGCCCGACUUUGGCCCCGCCGCCAAGCCGUUCCUCGUCGCGUGCGGCGUCAAGGAGAGCCCGUCGACCGCCGAGAUCACGACCAUGCUCAUCUCGGACCCGUCGCGCUUCUACGACCUCGCCGGCUCGGCAGAGCGGUACCUCUCAGUUCUUCGUCUCGUCGCCGUCAACUAUGGGUCCCUGUCGUCGACUUUGCGCAGCCGCAUGAAGCUGUCGGCCUUCUUCCUCGGCUCGAAGCGCAUCUCGUCGAGCACGACCGCCGCACCUGCCCGUGCUCUGCUCGAGCAGCAGGAAGACGACGAGGACGACGAGGCCGGCGAGACGACGCUCGUGUACCAGCUCGCUCGAGCGAGUGAGCUCGCGAUCAACGACGAGCCUGCAGCCUUCCAGGUCUUCCAGGGCGACAUCCUCGCGUGCCCGCAGGAGGACGCGCUCGAGGCGCUCGCAGAGCAGCUCGGCGCCCGUCGGAUCUCGCGCCUCAUCACCGAGAACUACCACACGGCGGGCGAGGCCGACAGCGGGUCGAGGCGCGCGCAGGAGAUGAGACGCACGGUCGCCGAGCGCACUUUCCUCUUCCUGUCCGAGCGGCGGCAGCAAUACGGCAAGGGCGAGCUCAAGCACGACCCGGACUGGAUCCAGAAGCACCUCGUCGUCCUCGAGGUCCGCUCGAUCGAACUCGUACGGUCGCUCAACAGCGCUCAAGGGCUCAAGCGGAGCACGGCCACGGCGUCGGCUUGCGCCAAGCUCGCGCAGAACGGCGACGCGCACCUGUACAUCUCGCAGAGCAUCGAGGUCGACUUCUUCGAGGUCGCCAUGGGCCUGAACAAGCUGCUCCUCGUCAAGACUCGCCCGAACGACGCCCUUCUCCUCCUCACGAUCCUUCAGACGACGCUCAAGAACCUCAAGCGCCGAGGCUUCAACGUCGACCGCAUCAUGAACGCCCGCAAGGCCGAGCGCGAGGCGGCCGACCAGCGCAUGCGCGAGGAGCGGCUCCAGGCGCAGCUCAAGGCCCAGUCAGCUCUUUCCGGCGAGAAGCUUGAUGCCGCCGUUCGCGACCUGUCGGCCAUGUUCCCCGACGCCGACCCCGACUUCCUCCGCACCCUCCUCACGACCCAAGAGCCGCCGCACCUCGAAAACGCCGCCAACCAGCUUCUGUCGACGUCGCAGUACCCGAGACGGCGCCAGACGGCGCCACCACCACCGCCGUCGUCCUCGUCGUCGCCCCAGGCCGUCUCGGCGGCGGCGCAGCAGCAGCCGAGCGGCGGUUUCCUCUCCGGCCUGCGUCGACAGCUCAAGGGCGAGAGCUCACGGUCGGGUUCGCCGCUGCCGCCACCACCGAGCUUGACGCCGCCGGCGAGUUCGCCUCGACCCGGCGCCGUCUCGCAGCGCCCGCCCGGCAUGUCGCCGCAGCCGCACCGACCCGAGGCCAUGCCGACCUCGACCGACGCUAUCCGCGCCAACCUGACGAGGGCGAUUCAGGCUUCUCGCCCCGAGUCGGCCUCGAACGUCUCGAUGGCCGUCGAGAAGACCGAGGUCAAGGAGAGCGAGGCGUACUGCGACGCGACGGCGGCCGCCAACCUGUCGUUCGUCGCCGACGUUGGCGGCCUGCGCUUCUUCGCGAGCCGAGACGUGCCCGACCCGACCGGCUUUGUCGCCGAGCACCACGACGCGCUCUUGCGCAUGGUCAACCGCGUCCUGCGACCCGUCGGCGAGGUCUUUGCGCUCGACCCUCGUGCCCUGCACGUCUUCUACGACCUCGAGGGCCCCCUCAUCGCCUUCAACCGCGGCGGCGCGAUUUACCUCAACUACCGCUUCUACGCCGCGUGGCACGACAAGCUCGUCGUCGAGGGCAAGAUGGCCGAGCCGCUCAUCAGCACCUACCACUCGGUCGCGCACGAAAUCGCCCACAACCUCGUCAAGCCGCACGACGCCCAGUUCAACUUCUUCUUCUCGCAGUUCUGCGAGGAGUACUUUGUCCCGAUGGCGCGGCUCCUCCAGCAGACGGAGCGAGCGCUCGAGACGUAGACACUCUGCAGUGCUAGACAAGCUUUCGUGUGUCCCU